AGUCGCGCGCGCAGUGUCCGCCAAAAACAUGGCGUGACAUGAUCAUGGCACUGUUGGAUUACGAAAGACGAGAAUAUUUAACUAACCGGGGUAAUAACCCGUUUAAUGGUAUUAAGCUCAUCAGUAAACAUCGUUCAAUUGUUCAAUUGAUAUUGUCAAGUGCAUACUCAAGUAAUAAAAGAACAAUGGUGUACGAUAUAACCUGGAUAAUACCAAAAUUACGACAACCACCAUCAAGGCUAUGGAGGUUUGCAAGCACACUCACAUUUUUUGCUGUUGGUAUAUUCUCUAAAAUUAUUAUACAAUGGUUAAAUAAAACAACUGUCUAUAACAGACACAUACUUGCCAACAAUUUGGAUACCAGACCAAAAAAUAAACCACUUAUUACUGUCUCAAAUCAUCACAGUUGCUUUGAUGACCCAGGUAUUUGGGCAACCUUGAAUAUGCGACAUUUGUUUAGAAAACAAAAAAUGCGUUGGUCACUUGCUGCACAUGAUAUUUGUUUUACAAAUAAAUGGCAUUCAUAUUUUUUUAUGUUUGGUAAAUGUAUACCAAUUGUACGUGGUAAUGGUGUGUAUCAAGAAGCCAUUAAUUUUUGUAUUGAAAAACUUGGAUGUGGUGAUUGGGUACAUGUAUUUCCAGAAGGUAAAGUCAACAUGUACAAAGAUCAAAUAAGAUUAAAAUGGGGCAUUGGUCGUUUGAUUAUGGAAUCACCAAUUACACCAAUUGUUAUACCAAUUUAUCAUUAUGGAUUUGAUGAAGUAUUACCAAAUUUUCCACCUUAUUAUAUUAGAACUGGUAAAAAAAUUACAUUAAAUUAUGGAGAGCCAAUAGACUUUACUGAUAUUAUUGCUAAUUUAAAAAAAUCAAAUGCCACGGAAAUUGAAAUAAGAAAAACUAUAACUGAUAAAAUUGAUGAUGAACUACAAAGGUUGAAAACUCAAACUGCAGCAUUGCAUGAACUUUGACCUAAAAGUGACGGUUAUAACCGUCACUCGAUUUAGCAUACAAUUGACUAAUCAAAAUGCAACAUCAUUGACAAAAUAUAAAAUAAAUAAACCAACAAUCAGUAUAUAAUGAAAAAUAAAAUAUUGGCCUUUUUUUUAUCGCUGUUAAUUAAUAAUAUCACUAAGUUUAAUAAAAUAAUUAAAUCAGCUUUUAUAACUAUAAAUUAUUUGCUAGAUUUUUAAUAACAAAAUGUGAGAAAAAAAACAAUCAUAACAUAAAUUAAUUAUAUUAAUUAUUUGUAAUAUGUGAAAAUUAAUUAGACUGCAAAUAUUGUAUAAAAAAAAAUUAUCAACAAGGUAGAUUAUUUGGUAAAUUACUGACCAAAAAGAAAAAAAAAAACAAAAAGAGAAAUACGAAUUGGAAAAUUGUAAAUAAAAACGUAUUGUGUUUUACAUAUUAGUUGUAAUUAAAAAAAAUGUAUGAGCACUAAAUACGCUAGGUGAUUUAAAAAAGAAAAAAAACAAUUUAAUUUAAUUUAAAAAAAAAAAUAAUAAUCCAAGUUUGAUAUUAUAAUUAUUUUUUUUCAACGCAACAAAUAAAAAAUUUUGGAUUUAAAUUUAAUUUAUAAUUAAAUGAAGGUAAAAAUUUGUUUAGCUUAUUUAUUCAUAAAUAAUUAUAUAAUGUAAUCAAUUACAAAAAAAAGAAAAUUAAUAUUUUUUUAAAAUCAAUUUAAUGUUUAAUUUUAAAAAAAUAAUAAUGCCAUAUAAAUAACACAUGUAUUUCAAUUUUUGUUUUAUUUGGAAUUACAAUAUUUUUUUCUUAUACACAAAACACAAAAUGUAAUUUUGUAAAUAUUACAAUUAAUUACAGUAUUUGUUUAAUCUCGUGAUUAAUAUUUUUAUUUAAUAUAUUAUAUCUUUUUUUUUGUUUUUAGUUUGGCUAUUUAAUUGUACACAAUUAUCAAGAGGCAAUAUAAAUAUUCAAGGAAUUUUUAAUUAUAAUAUUAAGAAAAUAAUAAUAAACUUAAUAAAAUUAUUAAUAACUUUACAUGCAUUCCAGUCGUUUGAUUGGAAGAUGAAAAUAUAACAACAUAAUAAAUUAUAUCUUCUAUAAUACAUUUACAAAA